AUGAGACGAGCUGCUCAGGUCUACAUCGUCGAGAAUGACACCUACCUGGCACAUCAUGCUGCUCAUCGCCCACCUCCAUGUGUUGAUCUAUGGGAACUUUUUGCUGGCCAGGCGAGAAUGACGGAACUAGCCCAGGAGUACGAGCUGAAUGCCCUUCAGCCUAUGGACCUUCGUUUUGGGCAGGAUUUCAAGGAUGCCUCAACGAGGGACUACAUCAUGCACAAGAUCAAGAAGUUCAAGCCAUGGUUGAUCCCUAUGGGAGUGGACUGCCGCCUAUGGAACCAGUUCUCCAUCAACUUGAAUUGGUCCUCUCCAGAACGGCAGGAGCAACUUCAAGUUCUUCAGCAGCAAGAACGACUCCUCGUCCAUUUCGCAACGGACGUCGCCAAAGAGCAAUACAUGAAUGGGCGCUUCUUUCUCAUUGAGAACCCCCUCAGAUCUCGCCUAUGGCAAGAACCAGCACUUCAAGAACUUCUUGCCCUACCAGGUGUCUGGUCGACGACCCUGGAUGCUGGCGCCUACGGUGCCGAAGUUGACGGACAACCCAUAUGCAAGCCUAUGCGAUGGGUUGGCAACGCACCUGGCAUGGACCUCGCCCUACAUCGACGUCUAGAUCACCUUGAGAAGCAGUACUGCACUCCAGUUCAAGGAACAUUGACAAGAAGGAGUCAGGAGUACCCUGACAACCUAUGCCGGCAGAUCUUGCAAGAGCUACGAGCAAUUGCUUUCCAAAAGGAGCCCACUCGUUUCGGCCGACCUCUACACCACGUCCUCGCAGUCUCCUACCCGACUACGGACCUGGACGCUUGGAACGACGUUGCCAACUACAUCUCCGGAGCUUAUGAGCGUUCCAACAAGAGGCCAUUUGAAAUCCCGCUGGACACCGAGAUGGGCAGGAACAUCCAACAGCUCUUUCGGGUCAAAGCCAUUAAGAUCCAAGCAUGCUUUGCCCCUACUUGUCGAAGGAUUCCUUCAAAUGUUGACGAGUACUUCACUCGUGCUGCCUUUCUCCAGUACAUGGACAAAACACGGGCAGUCGAGGUAGAGGACCUCGACGAGAUCCAAUUCCCAAGACAGCGGUUUGACAAGCCCGUGGAGAUAGCUGUUUUCGCAUAUGGUUUCAGGAUGAUGGCACCCGAACAUCGAGAACAAGCCCCAGCCUCAAGUGACAAACCUGCUAUCGUCCCUGGACUCAUGACCGACGUCUCCUUCGAUACCAAGGAAGCUCUGGACUCCACGAUCAAGAGAUCAGCCUUCGACGAGAACUAUAACCCCAAGCUUCGAGCAGAACUGGUCAGAUGCGAGGCGUGGGUGAGACUGGGAGCCUCGACCACUUUGGUGACGGCAGAGCAGCUCCGUACAGCCCACGGCUUCGAAGACUGGACUCCCGACCAGGAAGACAUCAAGGCUCUGAAGAAUGCUGCUGACUCAUUCACCCAGCACAUGCUCGAGGACGAACGAGGCGAGCUGAAGGCAAAAUGCCGUAUUGUAUGCCUGGGCCAUUUGGACCCAGACUUGGAGUUGCUGGACCGUUCGGCCCCCACUCCAGGCCGUACGACAGAGAUGCUCAUGUUGGCCAUGAUCACGGCCGGAGCCAAUGGCGAGCUGUUCGAGACCCAGCUCAAGUGGCACGCCUGGACUGCAGACGCAGCCACGGCCUUCUUACAGGGCCAACAGCCUUCUGAAAGACCCAUGGAGCUCUACAUGUACCCUCCAAAAGACGGACUCAUCGAGAUGACGCCAUGCUGGUCACACCCUUUGUACCAAGUGAUGGGCAACGUGUACGGGCUAGCAAAUGCACCAGCUCUAUGGUGCAGUGAAGUGGUGGCACGACUCAAGCAGCUCAACUAUACUCGCCACAGCUUUGACCCUAUGCUUUUCAUCAAGCGUGAAGGUCAACAGAUCGUCUCCAUGAUACUGGUGUACGUAGACGACUUCAUUGGAGUCUACAGGAGUGGUUACCCCAUCGAAGAGGUCAAGAACGCCUUUGCUUGGGGCUCCUUCCAUGACCUCUCCAAGCAGGUCGUGACCUUCAAGGGAAAAGAGCUGCACUUACACCAGCUUGCAAACAAGCGCUGGAAGCUCAAGAUCACUAUGUCCAAGUUCCUCAACGGACUGACACCAGCCAAGCUUCCAAAAGGAAGGACUUCAAGUCCUCCAGAGCUCACACCAACGGAACAACGUGAAUUCCGAUCGGUGUCAGGUUGCCUGCAAUGGGCAUCCACACAGUGCAGACCAGAGAUAGGAGCGGCGGUAAGCCUUUCAAACCAGGGCAACGAAACCACCUGCCAUAACCUCAAGGACCUCUACGAGGCAAUGAGCUUUUUGAAGAACACACCGCACGAAGGACUUCUCAUGCAAGACAUCCCCGUGAACACCAAGACGGUGAUCGCUUCUGCAGCCGACGAAGCAAGCGACCGAGCUGCAUACGUGAACAUGACCCUCAGUGAGAUCCUAUUCGAUGGCCCGGCUCACCGGUUGGGAUGCCGAGUAGACUACGUCCAGACCACGGACGCCAAAUCACUGUAUGACGCCAUUUGCAGCGAGGCACCAAACCUCACGGACAAGCGCUCGCUUUGCAACGUGCGGGCGAUCCAGGAGACAGUGGACAAGUCGCGGAUGCACUGGCUCCCUUCGAACUGCCAGUUCGCUGAUGGGCUGACGAAAGUCAGCGAGCUGCUGCGGACCACCUUCAGAAAGUGGCUGAAUGCACCUUUCAGCAUUUUGCUGGACCAUCCGGCCAACGAAGGCCUCUUGAGCGGAAUUGCCAGUUGUACCAAAGAAAAAAAGACCAGUGAGAAUUUGAAGCCACCCGAUUGCCAUGUUGGUACAACCGACUCCUUUCAUGCUCAAUCCUAG